AUGCAUUUGGCUGAUGGAUACAGGCAUCCGUACCUAGUAACGGGGCAGCCCUCAGAAACCGAACAUAAAGAGGGUGCGAGGUCAAACAAUAUCAGAUUACCAAGUGACUUCAAGGCGUCAAGUAACACAAAUUUACUCAAGAUGCGCGUGCAGUUGGUGUUCCUGACGGUGGCGGCUCUGCUGAGUCCGUCAUCCGCACUCUUCGACCUCCUCAUCAAGAAGCCCGGCAAGGUCUUCGGCGCCGGAGCCUACAAGAACACGGGCUACACAGGCAGCCCCGGCUACGAUGGCUUCUACAGCAGCCACCUGGGUUCUUCGAGUGACGCGGGGGUGCUCGGGGGAGGCGCCUCGGCGGGCAUCACCUUCGGCGGCAGCGUCGGGGGUAGCAUCGGGGGCGGCUUCGGGAGCGGCUUCGGAGGCGUUGGCAAUAACUUUGGAGGUGCCUCUGGCGGGAACUUCGGCGGUGCCUCUGGCGGGAACUUCGGCGGUGCUUCUGGCGGGAACUUCGGCGGUGCCUCUGGCGGGAACUUCGGGGGUGUCUCUGGGGGCAACUUUGGAGCUGCGGGAGGUGGUCUGAAUGCCGCUUCCGGAGGUUUCUCAAACGGCGCCGGCGUGGCUGCUGGCUCGGCGGGAAACAUCUUUAACUUUGGCGGAAAUGGAGGUGCUGGAGGCACCGGCGUAGUGGCCGGGGGCGUCAGCGGCGCUGCCUUGUGUCCAGCAGUUACGAAGCCAGCCAUCACUGAAGUAACACUAACGCAGUUCUCGACCGAGUACGUGACGGUUCCCCAGCCCAUCACGUCAGUCGUGUUCAACACGGUCCCCUUCCACAAGACCCUUUUCGUCACAGCCACGACCCUCACGACCGUCACCGAGCCCGCCCAGACCGGCUUCUGCACCACCACUCAGGUCGUGUUCAGCACCGAGGCCGUAAAGCAGGCCAAGAUCGUGACCGUGACUAACCCGCAGACCGUGACCAACGUCGUGCAGGACACCAAGACCGUCACCAACACCUUGACCCGCACCGACCUGACCACGCUCGUCCGCACGCAGACGCAGCAGGUGUGGGAGACCGUCACCUCCACCCACUACACGACCCACACCGUUGCCACCUGGCAGUACGUCACGGACACCGUCACAGCCACCUACGACGUCUGGACCAAGACGAUCAAGCCCGUCGCUCAGGCCAUCUGGGUCUCUACAACCGAACUGGUAUGGAACCCGGUCACAGUUACCACAACCAUGAGUAAGACAGCUUACAAGACUGUAUGGCAACAAUGUGGCGGAUACUAAGACGAGGCAUUUUAAACACUCCGAGAGAAGCAGACAUGACUAGGGCUUGGCGGCUCCAUCUUCGUGUCUUCUGCUCCCGGAACAUCUUCUCUCAGACUUUCAAGACUCUGAGUCGUCCUCGAUCACACGGCCUCUCUCCUUCUGCUGGGGGGCGGCUGUCUGUCCCCGACUUAAAGUGUUGAGUGUAGUGAAUAUAGUUGCUAAUGAAUAUAUUCAUUUAAGGUUCAUGGAAGGUAAUAAGUUAAUUGGACUGACUGUAAGAUUCUUUAGGUUUUCUUCUCGACAUGAGAUAAAAAAAAGUUUAGCCUUGAAGAUAUGUUAGAAAGUCAAGUCACUUUGUUCAAUUUCAUUUCUUCAUUUAUUGAUAAAUGUUGUGGUGAACAUGGCCCAGUAACAUGUUUAUUUCUGUUCUAUACUUUAUAAAUAUGUACAACUUGUAAAUAUUGUAAACAACUACGCUUUCUGAAAAUGUAUAUAUACACACACAAAUAAAUAUAAGUAUUAUGA